AUGAAUGAAUCGUCGGGAGGAGCUCGUGUGAGAGUUGGUUUAACUGCACGAACACGAAGAAAAUCUACACCGUCUCUUAAAGAAGGAGAGAGUGAAACAAUCACUCCACCAUAUCCUUGGGCAACUUCGAAACGUGCCAUAGUACACACACUCGAAUAUCUCAUAUCAAAUGGUAUUAUUGUUAUAUCGGGUGAAGUUCAAUGCAAAAAGUGCGAACAACAAUAUCAAAUUCAAUACGAUUUGCAAGAAAAGUUCAAAGAGAUUGCUACAUUCAUCUUAAAAACUAAGAGUGUUAUGCGUGAUAGGGCACCUAUUAGUUGGAUGAAUCCUAAUCUUCCUAAUUGCAAAUAUUGCAACCAAAACAAUUGUGUUAAGCCAGUUAUUUCCGAAAAAAGGUCGUCAAUUAAUUGGCUAUUUUUGCUAUUAGGGCAAAUGAUUGGAUGUUGCAAACUUGAUGCAUUGAAAUAUUUUUGUAUGCAUACAAAGAAUCAUAGAACAGGUGCUAAAGAUCGACUUGUUUAUCUUACAUAUUUGGAGCUACGUAAGCAAUUGGAUCCAGAAGGAUCCUUUGAUCGAUAA